AUGGCGCCCGGCGCAGAAAUGGCACCGCGUCCGCCGCGAAUGCCGAAGCUAACGUACAGAAACCGUCUGCCCGCCGAUCAGUCCUCGCUCUCCUCACUCUCCGAGACUGCUUCCACCGGCGACACAAUAUCAGAGCAGCGUCCGCCAACAACGCCUAUCUCGCCCGCCGCUCCGUCGUUUGAUUCGGGAUCCACUACAUCAUCCACCAGCCUGGCGUCCUCCAAUGGGUCAACAUCACGGGACUCCUCGAAGGCGUCGAAGAAAAAGAAGCCCGGCGCCGUCCUCGGCUUCCUUACUCUGAGAGAGCCGUCGCAGAUUGCUUUGGAGCAAUUCGCCGAAUCGCAACGCAAGCAGGCAGCUUCGAAGGGCGGCAGCAUUACCAGCACUGGAAGCAUUCAGGGCAUUUCCCCGCAGAAGCUCCCAGCCAAUGUACCCAAGGUCAACUCGAAGUGGGAUGGGGUCCCAGAAUCCCUCAAGUCGCCGAGGAGUUCGAGGACGAGCACUAGCAGCAAGAGAACCAGCUCAUCGUCCCAGGAGGCACGGCCUCUACCUACCUACAGCUACAGCACCUCCAUGUUCUCGGUCGCGACCGACGGCAGCCGUGAUCCCCCAAACUCUAUUGCAUCGGCUGCUAGCUCAUCGACGGAUAUUACUCAGCGCAGAGAUUCCGGCUCGUCUGGAAAUCCGCCAUUGAACUCUCCAUCUACUUCCUCGCUGCCGGAGAUCACGUACUUCUUCCCGGAUAACCCAAACCCGACAGGCGCAUUACCAAGGUCACAUACCCAACCUACGCCCGCGACACAUCCAUGGAGCCCGCCCCCUCUACCGUCGCAUACAGCUCCGGAGCCAGUCAGGCACCCUCAUACUGCGUCGAACGAGCUGGCCGGCCCCGAGGCAGAUAUGUACGACCAGGCUGACGCUAUCUUCAAACGCCUGAAUGAGAGCCCAGGAAGGCUGUUCCUGGUUGACGAGGCCAAAGAAGCCAGAUUGGAAGAUGAGGAUGAAGAUCUAGACUUAGUGCCCGAGACUCAUGGCUUUCUAUUCGAGAAGCCCGGGGCUCUUGCCGAACCACAUGCAGUUGGCCACCCGCCUGGAGGCUACGCCCCUCCUGUGCAGACUCCCUCCCGAAAGCCUCCAAUGAACUUUUCACGGCCGCGCCAUUCGCCACAUGCUCACAAGCCAGCCGUGUCGGCCUUGCCCACGCUAUAUGAGGCUUCGAUCGCCAGCACGGAUACAAUCACGGAUCUUUCCGACCUCAGUAAGACGGCCACUGAGGACAGCGAUGCCGCUUCGAUUGCGCCGUCUGUGGCACCGUCUGUCACACCGUCAGAGAUGUCAGCUUCCUGGUACAAGUCUCCUCGCGAACGACUCGGUCUUGGUGGGCGUAUUCGGAAGAACGACGUCUUGCCAUGGGAGAGUCAGGAGGAGCCACCAGGUAAGCCCAAGAAAGGCCGCCUAUCAGUAUUUCAUAAGAACUAA